GUCGAAACAUCGAAUCACUCUUUCCGCGCCGACGAGGUCGUUCCUGAUUAUCCCACCUGCAAAAUGGCGACAGUCAACCCAGAGCAUGUGCGACUUGCACUGUCACUACCUCCGCGACUCCUCAACUUCUUCAAGCGCUACCCUCCGCCGGCUCUUUCACAAUCUGCCACUGGCACAACCAUCGCUGCCAACACCUCCUCAGCCGAUGCCAAUGCAAACACUCCUACUUUGAUCGCAGAGGAUGCUGCUUCCAGAUCAACCUUAGAACCUGCGAACCCGUUCAUGCCCUUCAAGAACCCCAUCACACAAAGGUGGCAGCCCGCCUCUUUCUCUCUCCGCAAGCAAUCCGAGAUUAUCAAACUCGCCAUCAAGCACGACGUCGUCUCUUUGCUACCAUACACACACAAGCUUCCCGAGGAGGUCGCCCGUCGUCGCGCCGAACAUGGUCUCCGCGUAAAGGGUACUGGUGUUGGCCAGAAGGUCAAGGGAAAGAUGUGGGAGCGCACGCUCAAGGGCAGAUUGGACCAGCGCGAGAAGGCUAUGGUUGCCAUGCCCGAGAUGAUCCGUCACUGGAAGGAGAGAGGUCACGGAAGAGGUUGGAAGAAGUGGCCCAAGAGCUAGAUGCUCUGAAGAUUCUCUUUACUUGGCCAUCAAUCUGCACAAAUCGGCGUUCAUCAUCUUGGAGGAGGGGGAUUCUCUGUAUCGACAUACCACGACUGUACAUUACUUUC